AUGCAACGAACUCUUGAUUAAAGGUAAACCACUGAAUAAAUUAGGCGAAAUAACAAUUAAAAUAAUGCAGAUCUUCUUCUUUCAGUUUAUGAAUUAACUGCAAGGUCAUCUCUAUAAAUUGGACAAAGACCUAGAUAAUAGAGUCAAAGUAGAGAAAAAUAUAAAUUUAAAUAAUGCGAAUAAAAGAAAGUAGAUUUGAUGAGUAUAUCAUCACCAGGAAGUUAAAAAAAGCUACCUCUUUCACCUUAGUUAAAAUUAUAAUCUCCUAGAGAACCUGGCUUAAUUUUUAAUUUAAUUAGAGCAGCAAAUAAUGCAAUUGAAAAUAAUACCGAUGAUAAAAUUAUUCGAACAUAUAUGUAAAUUAGAACAUAAGUGGAAAUGAGAUUAGUAAUUAUUUUAUUAAUUAGUAGGAUGUUUUAGAAUCUGCAGAUUCAUUAGCUGUAUAAUUAGAAAAGAUUAAAUAAGAAAAUGAUACUUUAAGAAAAAGAGUUAGUGAUAACAUUAAUUCAUAAUCUCUAUCAAAUUUAGCAUAAUUAAAGAUGCAAUUAUAGAAAGCUGAAAAAAAAGCAGAAGUAAUUAAAUGAUAAUUAUUUAUAGAGUAGAAAAGUUUGUAUCAAGAAAUUAUAUUAAUUAUUAGACAAGAGUGAAAAGGAAUUAGAAUUAUAUAAAUCAGGUAAGAAAAGUGCAAAAACAUCUUUCUCUAAAAAGAAUGAAUUGAAUGAAAUAUUAAAUGGAGUAUAUCCAAAAAAUAAAGAAAAUUUACCUGAAACCUAUGAACCUUUGUUAUUAUCUUUGAUUAAGGAUAUAGAUUAGAAGAAUUAUGAGGCUAUUGAAAAUCUAUCAAAGAACAAUAGUUUAAAUGGAGACAUUGAAAAUGAGAAGAAUACUCUCAUAUAAAAUUCAUUAAGUAAGUACUCAUCUCUAUUACAAAGAAUCCUUUAAGUUAAUGUGUGAAUAGAAGGAAGAGAUACUCAAAUAUUCUGCUUAAAUCUGCGAGAAUAAUUAAGAUCUAUGGAAGAAGUUUUUAGAAAUUGAUUUAACAUGCUAAAAAUAGAUAUCUACUCUUAGAUAAGCUAUAUCUGAAUUAGAAACUAAUAUUAAAUCUUAUUAUUAAUAUUUAAAUAAGAUUGGUCAUCAUUCAGCAUAAAAAUUCCAAGAUGCUUAUCAAUUUUAAGGAGUUAUUGGUGAUAGCAUAGCAAAAUGGCUUAAAUAGUUAGGAGAAAUCUAAGAAAUAAUUAAUUAAAGAGAAUCUGAAUAAUAUGAAUUUUAAUAAUUUUAAGAAACUCUUGUAAUGAGAUUAAAAGAGAUCAUAUAAAAUAAUAAAAUAGUCCAUAAAUAAAAUGAUUUCAAGGGUUUACUUGAUGCUAUUAAUGAUAAAUUAUUCAAUUAAUCUGAAGAAAUAUUAAUAAUUAAUAAGGAAUUAAAUAACAUUCAUAUCAAAGCAAAAUAAUAGAUAGAAGAAAUAUAAAGUAAAUAUAAGUAAGAAUUUUCAAAUUAUGAAUUGCAACUCAAAAAUUAUAAAGAACUUUAUGAUUAACUUUCAAGCACUAAUAAGGAUUUAUUAUAAAAAAAUGAAAGCUUAUAGACUGAAUAUAAUAGGUAAACAUAAAUUAGUGUAUCAGCAUUAUAGAAUAAAUAAUAAGAAAUAUAAAAUCUUAAUGAAUAAACAAAAAAAUUAAAAGAAGACAUCACUAAAUCAUAAGAACUUAAAUUAACUUAUAAUGAAUAAUAAACACAAAUUAAUUAAUUCAAAAAAGAAAUCGAAAGAUUAAAUUAAAUUAUUUUAUAAAACUAAUUGAAAUCAUCUUAAUAAGAAGAAAAUCAUAUCACAAUUAUUGAAUAGAAUAAAUAAGAAAUUACAAGAUUACAUUAAUUAAUUAUUGAUCUUCACAGUUAAAUAGAGUAAUCUGAUAAUUAGAUAUCCCUAUUAAAAGAAGCUGAAUAGAUUAUAAAAGAUAAAAUUAAUAAAGACAAUAUUUUAUAUUAAGAGAAAAUAAAAAAAUUAUAAGAAAUCAUAUCAAAUAAGGAAAUUGAACAUAAUGCAUUAGAGGAAGAGUAUAAAGCUAUUUAAUCAUAAAAUAUUGAAUUCUAUUCUUAAUAACAAUAAGAUUAAGAUACAAUUAAAUUGAUAAAAAAAGAUCUUUAAAAGAAUUAAGAAUAAUAUGAAAAUAAAAUAAAUGAAUUCAUUAAAUUAUCUGAAAAGUAAUUGACUGAAAUUAAAGAUCUAUCUGAUAAAUAUCAACAAACAGAAAAUGAAAGAAGAAACUAAGAUGAAAUUAUUUCUAAACUUAAAAAAGAAUAACUUAAAUAAACUAAUGAUCAUUAAAAAUAAAUCAAGAUUUUAUAAGAUCAAUAAAAAUAAUCAUAAGAUAUAUUAUAAUAAAAAUUACAAUCUUAUGAAAGACUCAAUGAAUAAAAUUAAAUGAUUAUUGGUGAAUAAAAAAAACUAUUACAUGAAUAAUAAACAUAAUUAUAAAAAGUCAAUUAAGAAAAUGAAGCAUUAUUAUAAAAUAAUAGUGAAUCUAUGAAAUCAAUAAAAGAUUAAUAUGAAUUAUAAGCAUUAGAAUUAAAUUAGACUAAGUAAGUUGUACUUGAUCAAUAGGAAUUAAUCUAAAAUUAAUAAUUAAUAUAUCAUGAUACAUAAUAAGAAUGUUCAAAAUAUAAAAAAUAUUUAGAACAAUAAGAAAUUGUUAAUAAAUAAAAUUAAUAAGAAUUGAAUAAAACAAUAUAAGAUCAAACAAAUCUCAUAAAUUAAUUAAAAUCUAAUCUUGAAGAUUUUGAUAAAAAAAUAAUAGAAAAGAAUACUUCAACAGAACAAUUAUAAUAAACUCUUAAUUUAACUUAGAAUCAAAUUGAAUAACUGAAAUUGGAAUCUACAGAACUUAAUGAUACUAUUGAGUAAAAUAAAAAAAUAAUAGAGAAUUUACAAUCUUAAUUAUUGAAUUAAUAGAAAUAACAUGAUACUUUAUUAAAAUAAUUGUAAAAUGAAUGGUAAUAAAUUUAAUAAUAAAACAAUUUGGAAAAAGAAUCUAAAAUAGUGACUAUAAACAAAUAAAUCUAAGAAUUAUAAGAUUAACUUUAAGAAUAAAAAGAUUAAUAUUAAAAUACUAUUCAAUAGCAUUAAAAUUAGAUAAAAAUAAAUAAAGAUAACUUUGAUGUAGAAUUAAAAUAAAAAGAGAAUUUAUUGAAUUAAAUUAAUUCAUAAAUGUAAUAAUAAAUUUAGAAAAAAGAAGAAGAAAAGUAGAGUUUGGUAGAAUAAAUAUAAAAUUUAGAAAGUAAAAUACUUUUAUUAGAAUAAAAAAACAAAGAUAAUUAUUUAUAAUCGUAAUCCAAUCAAUAAUUAUAUGCAUAAUUAAUUCAAUAGUUAGAGACAUUAUAAUAGGAAUCUCAAAAUGAAUAAUAAAAAUGGAAAGAAUAAUUGUAAUUGAAAGAUGAUAAAAUUAGAACAAUUGAAAUAAAUUAUAAAUCUGAUAUAAGUAAAUUAAAUGAUUAAUUGAAACAAAUAAAUGAAAAGAGAAAUCAAAUAGAAUAAGAUUAACUUAAAUUAAUUGAUACUGAAUAAUUAAAAGAUCAAGAGUUAUUAUAAUUAAAAGAAUAAUUAAAAUAGAAAUAAAAUGAAAUUGAUUCAAUUGAUAAGUUAUUAAAUGAAAAACUUUUAGAUAAUGAAGAAUUAAAUGGAAAAUUGAUGUUGGUUUCAAAAGAAAUGAGUCUUUAUUAAGAUUAAAAUUUUGAUUUAUAGUAACAAAUAUCUGAAUAAUCAGAAUUAAAUACAAAAACAAUAAAUAACUUAAAUUAGAAGAUUAAUGAAUAAGAUUAAUUAAUAAAUCAACUAAAGACAUAAGUGAAAGAUCUUGAAAACUAAAUGAAUUAAUAAUUAAAUUAAAUGGUUUUGCAAUAAUAGGAUUUAGUUAAGAUUUAAUAAUAAGAAUUACAUAAAUAUUAAAAUGAAUUAAGUAUUAUUUAAAAUUAAUACGUGGAAUUAUAAAACAAAAAUGAUGAAUAAUUCAAAUAAAUAUAAAUUUUACAAGAAGAUAUACAAAAUAAAGAUAUUUUAAUAAAAGACCUUUAAAAUUAAAUUGAUUAACAAUAAAAUGCAUUUAAUAGAAUAAUUAAUGAAAAUAAAUAGAAAUAAGAAGAAAUAGAUAAUAUAUUUAAUAUAUUAAAAGAUCGAGAAUAGGAAAUUGAAAAUCAAGUAUCAGUUUUAAAUAAUUAUAAAAAGUUACAAGAGAAAUUAGAGUAAGAAUUUAAUGAUAAAUUACUUAAUUUAAAUUAAACAAGUUAGGAAUAAAUGGAAUUGAAACAAUAGAUUUAAUAAAUUUAAUAAGAGAAGGUAAAAGUAACAGAGUAAUUAGAAUAAAAGAAUUAAAAUUUGAUGGAAACACUUAAAAAUCAAUAGAUAAUUUGUUAAUCAUUAAAUGAUUAAUUAUUAUCUAGAGAGAAAGAAUUAUAAGAAUAAGGAAUUUUAAUAGAAUAAUAUUAAUAAUAAGUUUUGUAAUUAAAUGAAGAGUUGACUAUAAUAAUGGAAGAAAAGUCAUAAUAGAAUUUGAAAAUUCAUUAAAUGAGAACAAAUAUUGAAAAGAUAUAAUAAGACUUUGAAAUAAAAAAUAUUUAAUUAUAAAAUAGUGAUUUAACAUAAGAAAAUUAGAAGUAAGAAUUUGAGUGUUAAUUAAAUGAACUAGGUAAUUAAAAUAAGGAAUUAGUUAUGAGAUUGAGCGAAUUGUAAGAGGAGAAUAAUGAUUUAAUAGAAUAAUUAAGAAAGAGAGAGAAUGAAUGUAGAUUGAAGAUUUUUGAGAUGGGAGAGAAGAAUCGUUUUGAAAAUUAGGAAUAGAAUAAAAUUAAUUAGAUUUUAUAAUAAGAAUUAUCAAUAUCAGAGGUAAGUGAAGAGAAUGUUAUAAAUGCUUUAUCUUAAAUAAAGAAUGAAUUUUAAGAAUUAUUAGACAAAUAAUCUUAAUAUUCAACAUUGAUAUUUUAAUUAUACUCUGAAUUAUUGACAGAUGAUGAAGAAGAAGAUGUUGAAAAAUAGAUAUAAGUUAUUAGUAAUGAAAUAGUUGGAUUAAUUGAUGUUAGAGAUAAAUAUAAGAAAAUAUAAAAUGAAUUCGAGGGUGAAGGAGAUAUUCUUAUGAAAAUAAAAGAGUUAAAGUAAAAUGAAUAGAAGAAAUAAAAUAAUAAUGCAUAAGAUGUAAAAUCAAUAGAGGCUUAUUCGUAAUUAUUAGAUGGGCUUAUGCAAGAAUUUUUACAUAAUAGAGUUAAUUUGACUAUGCAAUCUAUGAAAUCAUUAUUGACAGAGCAAUAAAGAUAAAAUGUUAAUGAAUAUAGAAAGAAGAUUGGUGAAUUAUAGAAUAAAUUAUUAUAAGCAGAAAAAUAAUAAAAAUGUAUUGAUGAUACAAAAUUCAAUUUAUAACAAUAUUAAUAGAUUGUUGAUAAAUCAGAAGUAAGUAUAUUAAUUUUAUAAUUAUUAGUAAAAAGCUAUGUAUUAUGAAAUGGAAUGCAAGAAAUUAGUUUAAUAAAUUUAAGAUAUGAAAUAAAAGAUUCCUUAAAGAAUUAGUUUGAAUGAUUUAGAUUAAGAUUAAUCAGAAUAACAUAGUUUAAAUAUUUUGAAUUUUUCAUUAAGAUAAGAAAUCUUAUAUGGAGAUGAUUCAUUUUUUGAUAAUAUUAGUUAAAUUAAGGAUGAUGAUGAUAUACAUAAAAAAUGCCAGUAAUAGAUUGUAAAUUAUUUAUAAUAUAUUUAAGUUUCUUUUAGUUGAAGAAUGUUAAUUAUUACAAGAAUAAUUAAAUAUGUAGAAGGAAGACAAGAAUAUUGAAAUUAAAUGAUAUAUUUUUUAUAAUAGUAAUUUACUUGAUUAAAUUGAUGAAGUCUGGUAAUAUCAAAACAGAAGCAUAAUAUGCAAAGGCCAAUUUUUAUUAUUCUGAUGGAACAGGUAUCAUAGAAGAUUUAAUAAAAAUCAGGACGUGAUACUUAUGUUCAAUUUGAUAACGGUGGAUUAACAUUACAUGCUUAAAGAUGUCAUCAACCUCCUGUUGGAAGCUUUUAACCUAAAAAAUCAAAUAAAAUCUAUAGACCUUAAUCAAGCAAUAAGACUCUACAUUAUAUUAGCAAUGGAAGUGGAAGAGAUAAUUAUAUUUUGUAAAUAGUAUUAAUUAUAAAUGUGAAUAGAGAUAGUCAUGGUGGAUUGAUGAAUACAUGUGCAGAUAGACAUUGGUUAGUCUCAUUUAAAUAAGGCUUGAGAACUCCUGAGAGGGAAAGGUAGUGAUGCAUACUACUUUAUAGACCUCGUUCUGGUGCCAAAACACCUUAAUAUUCUUAUCAAUAGAAAAUUUGUCGACGUCUUUCUGUUCCUAAAUAUGUAAAGAUUCCAUUUGAAAAACAAUUAUAAAGUGAAGAUAUCAUAUGA